AUGGCCCGGGACUCUACCUCACGGGUCCCUUCAAUAACUUCAUCCUGCGCCUUGGAAGUGCGCCACAUCGAGUUCAGCAACAUCGACCGGAUCAAAGCCGCAGGGCUCCGGUAUGCACCACUCCACACACGGACGAAAGAGGGAUUAGGACUUCACUUGCAGGUGUCCUUGCAGUACCGGUUGAUCCCCCAGAACUUGUCCGCGCUCUACAGCGAGUUCAACCAGAACUACGAGCAGGUCUUCGUGAGCUCCGUGCGGGACGUCCUCAUCAAGGCGGCCUCCGAGUACGAGGAGAUGGUCGAACUUCUCGCAGCAAAUCCUCCCAAGUGA